UCAUGCCAAAUCGUCAAAAAUCAACUCCAGCUGAGUUAGCGACGUACGAAGAACGGACCCCACGUCCCCAAGACAAAUACAAACGUAAAAAACAUACAGAACAUGUAAAAGACUAUAUACUAAAGUUGUUCCUAAUGUUCACAGGACGUGUAAAGGAACAGUUACGCAAAGGUACUGUAACUGAGUAAGAAUGUAACUAUAACAGACAUUGACUCUUUAAAUACUUAUUAAGUGAUCAUGAUCUUUCUUUCUGGGUUAUUUGUAUAACUCUCCCUUCCCUUCAUGUCUCGCAUUCAUCACGUGUUUAUAGUUGUUACUUGUAACUCUAAUAUGCUUCUAAUUAAGCAAAUAAUUGGGUGUUUGCAGUUGUGCAACAGCAUUUAUGCAAAAUGCAUACCGUCUUCAAAAAAUAACUAUUUUACAACAAUUGGAUGCAUUUUGUUUCGGUAUUAUGUUCAAAUACGUUGAUUCUUUUUUUAUUGUUUUAUGCGAGCUACUGUUAAGGUCGGGAGUAGCCUGCUGUUGGGUAAUAGUCAUUUUUAUCAUCCAAUCAGACGCUUUUAUAUGUUAACGAUCCAGCCAAUAAAAGUCGCCUCGUGGCGCUGCGUGAGGCAGAUCAGAUGUCCAUUUCUGGUGCGUUGACAUGGACGCAGGUGUGAAGACUGCGGUAGUUUGGUAUUUCUGGACCACGGUGAGAGUAUUUAAAGGACGCUUCUUCGUGUUGUCCGUCAACUUGGAUUAAAAGAACAGGACAGCCGCCUGUGUCGGUUUCAUUUUGGGCUGGAAGCGCAAAAUGUUUGAUUCAGACAGGUGAAAGCGACGCAACAUGGAGAGGAAUGGACCGAAGUGUGACUACAAGAAGCUAAAGAGUCAAAUAUCAUGUCAGAAAGCAACCUGCAUGAACUCCUCCACCUGGAGCUGACUGCCAGGUGGAGCGCGUGUGAAAGGAGACCCCGUCAGCCCCCAUGGCUUUCUCAUCAGACCCGUCCCGCAGGGAAAAGGUCCCCGCGACACAGGGUUCACACACGGCUGCACGCAACCUCUUACGAAAGAAGGAGCAGCGUCGCCGUGGAAUCCGAUCCUCCUCGCCCAUGGGCCGGGUCAUCCUCAUCAACUCUCCCGUGGAUGGUGGAGAUGAAAGCGAAGACCUCCACACAGUCACAGUGGAUAAGAGCGUGGAUGGGAAGCUCGGCUUCAGCGUGCGUGGAGGCUCAGAGCACGGCCUCAGCAUCUUCGUCAGUAAGGUCGAGGACAACAGCACGGCACAGGAGGCAGGCCUGCAGGUCGGGGAUAAACUGGUAGAGGUGAACGGCAUCAGCCUGGAGAGCAUCACCAUGAGCAGUGCCGUAAAGGUCCUGACGGGCAACAAUAGGCUGAGGAUGGUGGUGAGGCGAGUGGGGAAAGUUCCCGGCAUCCGAUACUCUAAGGAGAAGACCACCUGGGUGGACCUGAUACAGAGGCGGAUGGUAGUGGAGGAGAGCGGACAAACGCCUUCAGAAGCCAGUUCUGACAGCGCUCUGCAGAGGAUCGUCCACCUUUACACCACCUCCGACGACUACUGCCUCGGCUUCAACAUACGAGGGGGAAAGGAGUUUGGUGUGGGCAUCUACGUCUCCAAACUAGAUUCUGGGGGUCUGGCCGAGCAGAAUGGGAUUAAGAUCGGAGACCAGAUCCUGGCUGCCAACGGCGUGAGCUUUCAGGACAUUAGCCACAGCAGUGCUGUGGAGGUGCUGAAGACCCACACACACAUCAUGCUCACCAUCAAGGAAGCAGGACGGUACCCUGCCUAUAAGGAAAUGGUGGCGGAAUACAUGUGGUUGAAUAAAUUGGCAAAUGGUGCUCAGCCGUCCUCCUCCCAGGCUUCAGACUCCAACUCCUCGACCUCCUCCAUGUCAUCCGGGACCCCAGUCAGCUCCCUGAGCGGCCUGUCCCAGGUCAUGUUCCCGCCCAGCCUGCCCUUUGGAUCAGACAUGGUGGACGUUUGUAUCUCUACAGAAGACCUAAGGUCUGAGUCAGAACUAACAGAGACGGCCAUCCAGACAGAUUUUUCCUCUCAGAGAACGGACGCGGACACCACCCGCAGCCUGGGACCAACCACGCUGCUCAAAGACACGGCGAUCCGUGGAGAGGAGAGCGGGUGGAAGGAGUCUGCCAAAACGGCCGUGCUCCUGGCUCUCAGCAGACCAAGUCGACCGAUCAGCAGGUCACAGAGCCAAGUCACUGUAGCAGAGAUCAAUCAGAAGAAAGACAAGAAGAAGCAGAAGGAGAAGCAUGUGAAGGAGAAGAGCCCUCUGCAGCGCUCAAAGACCUUUGUUAACCUGCUGUUCAAAGGAGGACGCAAGAGAGACGCGUCCAGUGGCCGCUCCAAGUCACCAUACAGAGAAGGCAAAGAGGGACAAAGUGUCAGCGCGAUGCCAAACUCAGAGAUGCUUGGCGUGGUGGAGGACAUCGCCCGCAGGCUGUUGAGCGAGGAGGAGGUGGCUGCUGUGAUGACGGCGUGCCAAAGGUAUAUAGCAGAGAGGUCAGUGGAGAACUUGAUACGCCACCUGCUGGUUGUGCUGGACCGACCUGAAAAGCUGCUGCUUCUGAGGGAAAUCAGACUUGUGCUUCCGCCGUCUGAUCUGAAUGUUUUCAACGACAUGGUGGCUGCUGUUGAAGCUGAAGCCUACGACAUCCUCAAAUAUCGGUCAGUCCGAACACCUCCUCUUCGCUCCCCCAUGUCGGGCCGAGCCCCCAAACGGCGCCUCAUCACACCCAUCCCAGAUUAUAGGGGUGGCUUUGAACUCCAAAGUGCUGAGGAGGUGGAAAAGGAGAGCCACCUGCUGGAGGAGCUGGAGAAGCUCAGCCUGACUAGCUCGCAGGGGUCUGAGAGAAAAACCAAGACCUCUAGUUCUUUCUCAGCUCUUCUGGACGUACCUGUGGACGGCUAUAAGCCGAGAAACUUCAGGUCCCGCUCUGCUGGGCCCCUGCUGCCCAACUGGCUGCUGGCCCACAGCAGCGACUCCCCCUCUCCUCUCUGCACAGACAUCGGCACCAUUCGCUCCGUCCACUUUGACGAGGCCUCCCUGCGCUCGUCUUCAGACAAGGCGGAGAGCAGCCUUGAGAGGGGAAGGACUUUCUUCAGGAACAGCCACUCGCACGGCAAGACGGAGAAGAGCGCGGACAGGAACACGAACGGCCUGUUCACUCUGCGGAGUGCAAACCGCAGGAGUCGACCUUCACUGUCGCAGGUGUUUGGCAGCAGUCAGGAGCAGCAGGUGAACGGCCACCGGACUUCCUCCGAUGACAGGCUGAACGGUACUGAGCCUGAACAGGAGCAUCGACUGAAGACUGUCAGCAUCUCCAAAACCAGACAGUCUCUGGGCAUCAGCAUUUCUGGUGGGAUCGAGUCAAAGGUUCAGCCAAUGGUGAAGAUCGAGAAGAUCUUCCCUGGAGGAGCCGCCUCCAUGUGUGACGUACUCAAGGCUGGAUUUGAGUUGGUGUCUGUGGACGGCGUUUCCCUCCAAGGAGUGACCCACCAGCACGCCGUUGACAUCAUCCGCAAAGCCUUCAGCAACAAGGCCAAAGACCCCAUGGUGUUUGUGGUCAAAGUUCCCAAAAACCUUUUUUGAAAGACAACUUUGAGCUCCCUUAGUGGGGAAUAAUGGAAACCCGUCCCAGUGACUCGCAGCUGUGUUAUUUCCCCGUUAAUGUCGAAGAGGGCAACAUGCUGGGCUGGAAAACGCACAACUUUGAUGAUCCCAGGAAUUCAGGACCAUGAGGAGAGAGGGGAAAUAAAAAAGACUUUGGUUCUGA